GCCUCCAUAUAUAGAAAGAAAUAGAUGUCCAGAGAGCAGCCAUUGUCAAACCAAACAUACGUUUCUGUGCUUUGUGCUUGUAUACCAAACUACUGCCUAAAUUCAAAGAACUUCUUCUUCUGAGUUUCUCUCUAGACUCUAAACCUCACUUUGUGUGCUGUUGGCAAGAAGGUUAUUUCAUCUUUAUGUGACUCAACUCCUACUCAUCAAAUUGAUAUUGGACCUUCUAGUUUUCAAAAUACAACUAUCUUUUACAAAUUUGAGUCCCUUAGAACUUGUGCCUCUGCUUAAAUGGGUCUCUCAAGUCUCCCAGCUCCAUCAGAAGGAUUUAUGUGUGUGAUUUUGGUAAACACAGCUCUAUCGGUUUCAAUUAUCAAAGGCCUAGUGAGAUCAAUCCUUCGAAUAGUUGGAAUUCGCCUGUCAUCUUCUUCCUCGGCCUCACCAUCUUCACCCCCAUCAGAAGAAUACAUUGAAGCCCCCACAGAAUCAUUUGAGCUCCACCUUUCUUCAUCAGGCAGUUACGUUGAGGAGAUCAGGAGCCGCAUCCCUGCCAUUCGGUUUGAUAGUGUAUGUAGCCUCAAGACGGAGCACGACUGCUCUGUUUGCCUGACUGAGUUCCAACCAGAAUCCGAGAUAAACCACUUGACUUGUGGCCAUGUUUUCCAUCAAGAUUGCUUGGAGAAGUGGUUGAACUACUGGAACAUUACAUGCCCACUUUGUAGGACUCCUUUAAUGCCUGUGGAGGAGACCUCCUGCUUUUGGUGAACAAUUUACGAGCAUGCAAGUCAUUGAGAUUUCAUGUAUAGUAUUUAGUGUACAUGUGUUUUUUUUUUUUUUCGUUUUACAAGAAUGCAUCCGCUGGCCAUAGUAUUUCUUAUGACUAUGUUUAUGUGGGGGGGGGGGGG